CCUACUUGGAGGACAAAAGGAAGCAUGUUGCUAACAAUACUCUCUUCUAUUCAAUUAUUAAAAUACUUAUCUCAAACAUCAGCAAAUAAGAUGUACACGAUGAAUAACCUUCCUAGAUAUUGAACACAACAAAGAAGAGAGUCUGUACAGGAUCAGCAGGUCAGGCGAAGCUCCAUCUGGCCCAGAGUAGCAACAAGGUCCCAGCAUACAAGGCCAGAACAAUCAGGUAGAGGCGGAAGAGGAAACGGUCAAGCUUGGUGCACAGUGCCAGCCAUUCAUCCUGAGCCGAAGACUCGUCGUCUUCUUGAGAAAAGGCCAGGCGCAGGGAAACCAGUUCCUUGAGGAGCCACUCCAGGCUGGAGGGAUUAUCCUGAAUGUCCACUGGGGAUUCCGGGUCCUCUUCAAGCGAGGCCUCAAACUCGUAAUCUAGGAACCGGAUCAAGACGUGUGAGAAAGUUGUUUUGAGACAUGAUACAGUCAGAUAUCCUACCCUGAUGGUGGUCACCCCUCAGCAUCUGAGUCCUUGGUGUCAUCCUCGACCUAAACCUCUAGUUCAUGCCUCAAAGCAACCAAAUCAUGGCAAUCUUCCUUUUCCAUUUCUAACUUAAAGUAUCACCCACUAAGCCCAAAACCCUCAUUCACACCCUCAUCACCAUUCCAUCUAGAGGUCAAAUCUAGAGGUUAAUUAAUUCACUUAAAGAUUGUCCUCAACUUCAAGACUACAACUUGUUCCAGCACCAUAUUCGUGCCCAAACCCGAUGGUUUAGCUUGGUGUUUUUGUGUUAACAUUACCUCCAGAUGGAUUGAGUUGGUCGAGGGUUCUGGUGGACGUCAAAGUGCUCUCUGUGAGGCCGUACUUGUCCAGCAGACAGGCGGACACAGACAUUUCCCGGACCUCCUUCUCACUGUGGUGGAGCAGCUUCACCACCAGGAUGGAUUUGAUCAGACUGAGCAUGAGCAGAGCCAUGCAUACAGCGAAGAACACACCUUGACACAGAGGAAUUGAUACUUUAGAGUGAGUUCAAACAUGGCAGCCUAUGAAACAUACGGAUCCUCCUGCCUAUGAGCGGGGUUGUGAGAGCGGUGGCGGGCAGCUCGUCUGUCAGGUUGACCCGGAAAACGGUAUAGCCCAGCAGCGUGCUGAUCUUGAAGACGACCCGGGUGCCGCUGCUCAGAGGUAAGUAGAAGCCCAUCACGUCUACUAUCAUGAGGAAGAUGCUGGGGAUGAGCAGGCCCACCACAUACAACAGGGGGCGCCGUCGGAUCAAGACCUGCAACACAAAGUAAGAACUAUCUUGAACUGUGAACUCUUUACAUAAUGUUGAAUUAAGAGGAAAAACUCAUUCUAUAAUGCAAGAUGUCUCAUAUUGAGGAUAAUGAAUAUACAUAAGCAACCAAGUACUGGCAUUUUCAUGUGUUAAUCUAUUUUAAAGAAAAAAAUCUUGUAAGUAUUUGCCCACAAUGCAGUCUUAAAAUAAAUGUUUGCUUGAAAACACCCAAUGAUCCAUGAUGUACUCCUCCUCUAAACACCCCUUGGUGCUUUGAGCUGCAUAAAUAGCAGUCACCCCAGCUCUCCACCUGCGAAAAGCCCAUAGUGCCAUUUGCCUCGCCUCUAACAAGACAUCCAUUGAUCAGGCAGGCACUGAGAAAGUCUCAUUGUGGUCACUCGGCCUCUCCCUGUCUAUCAGAGCCUCUCUUUUUCUUUUUCUUCUUGCCAUCCACUAACAGUCUGAGCCUUAUCAAUUGGUAUCAGCUUGCUCGGCUAAACAAUAAAGUAUCUCUGUGUCCCUUCACCCCUCAUCAUCAUUCAAAAUGGUAUCAAAAAUAUUUUCCGAGCUAUUACAGGAAGAAGUCACACACAUGGAAGCUGACAUGAGCGUAGUUGGCGCCGUCCUGUUGUAGGAGCCAGUAACGUGACGAGCCAGGUCAAUUUCCCUCACUGUGGAAGAAGACGAGGAGGCAAUGGAGUGUGAAGAGGAGAGAAAAGGAAGAAGACGGUUAAUGGGACACUGUAAAAUGAUGAGGUGGAGCAGAUACCUGAGUGGAGCCAGCUGCGAAAGGUGAGGCUGCAGUUCUGCUUGUCAAAGGGGAAGGCGUACAUCUCCAGGCUGCAGGCCAGGACCACCUGCAUGGGCCGGUAAUUCUUCACCCAGCCCGAGGAGUUGACGUAGACGUAUGGGAUGGGUGGGGAUUUCCCCUCAUCAACGCUGCAGCAGCACAAAGACGAGUCAGAGUGAGAUGCUGAUCAACCAGCUAAGGGAGAUCACCGGUGUCCAGGAUCCACAGAUUCUCUGUAGAGCGUUAAAGGCCAGUCGGGGUGACAUUGGACAUGCUGUCGGGCUACUGACCACCCAGCCAGCAGAAGUUCGGGAUGCCGGAGAACCACAAGAGUCUGGGACGCCUGGUGUUCCCUGGGAGGGACAGAAAGGAGAUCGCGACGAACUGCAGACCGCCAUAGAGCUCAGCCUGCAGGAGUCCCACAACGCUCAAGAAGAGGAGAGAGCGUUCCAUCGGGCUCUGGAGGCCAGUGCCGAGGAGAACUCUGCGAGAAGCAAGAGGAAGAGAUGUGAGGCCCAGAGCGACAUGUGCAACCCCGCAGACUGGAUCCGCCAGGACGACUGGCCCGUCGGCAUUCGCAACGUGGGAAACACCUGCUGGUUCAGCGCCGUCAUCCAGUCGCUGUUCCACCUGCCUGUGUUCAGAAGGCUGGUUCUCAACUACCAUCUGUCUGAGCAAAUCCUGGACAAGUGUAAAAGCCACGCGGACAAGAGGAACAUUGCCUUCAUGCAGGAGCUGCGGUGUCUCUUCGCCCUCAUGGUGGGCUCCACUCGCAGGUUUGUCGACCCCUCCGCUGCUGUAGAGCUGCUGCGAGAUGCUUUCAGGACCAGUGAGGCCCAGCAGGAUGUAAGCGAGUUCUCCCACAAGUUGCUUGACUGGCUAGAGGAUGCCUUUCAGCUUGCCGCCAAUGGAGACAGCCCAACAGAUAAGCUGCAAAACCCAAUGGUGCAACUUUUCUAUGGCACAUUUGUAACUGAGAGGAAGCAAGAGGGUAAAAUCCUCUGCAACAUUGAGCAGUUUGGCCAGUACCCCCUGCAAGUAAAUGGCUUCAACAACCUGGAUGAGUGCCUGGAAGGCGCCAUGGUGGAGAGGGAGAUUGAGUCGCUCCACACCGAUCAUAACGCUCCAUGUGGUCGAGAGAGAUGGUUCAAGAAGUUGCCGCCUGUUUUGACGUUUGAACUGUCCAGGUUUGAGUUCAACACUCAGCUGGGCCGCCCGGAGAAGAUACACAAGAAACUGGAGUUUCCACAAAUCAUCUACAUGGACAGAUACCUUCAUAAAAACUUACAGUCCACACAUGAGAGGAGAGGUGAAGUGAAAAAGCUGAAGGAGCAGCUUGCAACCCUCCAACAGAAACUUGAAUGCUACAAGAAUUACGGCUCGGGACCCAGCAAGUAUCCUCUGGCCGACAUGCUUCAGUUUGUGUUGGAGUUUGCAUCCACUAAGCCCGCCAGUGUUUCCCCAGCUGAAGACACCAGACCACCUUCUUCUUCGCCCACUCCUCCCAGCCACCCCCUCAGUGAGAACAUCAGCCAAGACAGCAGUGACCCUGCAGAUGAGGAGCAAGGCCUCAUUUCCAGCUGCCAACGCACCCCCAUAUACAAGCCCUUCACCCAGUGCAGACACCCUGCUGACUGCCCACCCCAUCCUGCCCCCCACAGCAUUACAGACGAGGAGCUGUACUUUGUUAAGACCUGCCUACAGCGUUGGAGGAUGGAGGUGGAGAACGACAUCAAUGAACUAAAAGCCAACAUUGACAGGCUCAGUCAGACGCUGGAGGGCAUGUACUCAGACAACAGCCUCUGCCAGGUACCCUACAAACUGCACGCAGUACUUGUGCAUGAGGGCCAGGCCUCAGCAGGCCACUAUUGGGCAUACAUUUAUGACCACAUCAACCAGCGCUGGAUGAAGUACAACGACAUCAGUAUCACAGAGUCCUCGUGGGAAGAGCUGGAGCGAGACUCUUUCGGGGGGAUGACCAACGCCAGUGCCUACUGCCUCAUGUACAUCGACAACAGGCUACCCCACCUCAUCACUGACGACACAGAUGAUGAGACAGGCCAGGUUCUGCAUGGCAUGGACUCGCUGCCGCCCAUCCUGAGACGCUAUGUGCACCAAGACAACCGCUGGUUCCAGCAGGAGCUCAGCGAGUGGGAGGAGCAGCUGUGUCAGGCGGCGGCGCCCCAAGGGGAGUCCUCGCUAAGUCCUGCCGAGCCCCCCAAAGCCAGCAUAGAUGACACACAGCAUUCUGCACCCGUCGAGCCAGCACCACAGUCAGGACCUCAGACUGAUGAGCCUGCUCAGGGGGCUGCUUUGGAACCACAACCAGAGGUUCAGAGGGAUGAGGAGCCGGCAGGACCAACAGAAGAAGCAGAGGUCACGACACCACCACAGACGUCUGACUGCCAUGCAGAUGAGAGCGAGUUCACAGACAGUGACACACACACGCCCAGCCAGCGUUCCACCACCACCACGGCUACUGAGAUGGAGUCUCACAGACAGACUCCUGGCCCUGAAGUGGAGCUCAGUAGCAGUCAGCCACCUUGCAACCUCUUGCUAAAGAAAGAGGACAGAGAGGAGAAAGAAGAAGAAGAAUCUCAACAUGACCCGGAGCCCUCCUCUGAGGAGCCUACUCAGUAUGAAGCAGAUCGGAAGGACGAGGAGCCACAGGAGGAGCAGGUCCCUGCAAGACGGCGACAGGCAGAGAAUGAGGUCUCUGAGGUGGAGAUCCCCAAUGUGGGAAGAAUCAUGGUGAGGGCUGAUGCAGAUGGAUACAAUGAAGAGAUGAUGCUGACUCCAGCUAUGCAGGGCAUCAUCCUGGCCAUUGCAAAGGCCAGACAAACAUUCGACACAGAAGGUCCCGAGGCUGGACUCAUUAAGGCCUUCCACGAAGAGUACUCCCGCUUGUACGAGCUUGCGCAGGAGGAGACAACACCGCGGGAGGAUGCUCGUCUGCAGCACGCUCUGGUUUACUUCUUUCAGAACAAGGCGCCCAAGCGCAUCAUAGAGAGGACGCUGCUGGAGCAGUUCACUGACCGCAACCUCAGCUUUGAUGAAAGAGCCAUCAGCAUCAUGAGGGAAGCCCGAGCCAAGCUUCGCCUCAUCAAGCCAGAGGACAUGGAUAUGGAUGAGUACAUGCAGUGGCAUGAUGACUACAGAAUGUUCCGGACCGUGUUUGUCUACCUGCUAACCGGACUGGAGCACUACCAGCACGGGAAGAUGCGGGAGGCUCUGACCUACCUGGCUCACGCGUACGACGCCAACGCCACUCUGCUCAGGAGCGGAGAGAAACGUGGCGUGGAAACGUCACUUAUUGCACUUUACAGGAGGAAAUGCCUCAUCACUCUGAACGAAAGCGCGACACGCCUCUUUGCCAGUGGGGAGGAGAACAAGGUGGAGGAGGGCGUGGCCAUCAUGGACGAGGUGGUCAUUCCCUGCCUGCAUCUCAUGAGCCGUGAGUCGCAGCUAUCGCAGGAGGACCGUGACACGAUGGAAAGCAUCCGCAGCCAGUGGUGCUGCUGUCUGGGCCAGGACAUGGAUGACUCGCUGCAGAUGAAACUGGGUGAGUUUCUGCCAAGGGUUCUGGACUGCUCGGCUGAGACGGUGGUACUUAAAGACCCCCCUAAAGUCCAUGUGAACCAGGCCCACGACCUGUGCAGUCGCCUGGCUGCCGUCAUGGAGUCUAUCCACAACACCUCAGUGGUCAUUGUCAAGUAAAGUCCAGCUCCAAACUCUAACAGAUGAACUUGAAACCACGCUGAAAUCAACAUGGCCAACGCACAGCAGGGGUUCAGUCAUUUCAGUCAUUUAGUCCUCCAGGCCACAUGGCUUGCAGCGUGAACUGUAAGCAUUAGCAAGCUGGAAGAGUCGAAAAACACAUAUGGUUGUCUGUUACCUUAUUAAGAAUACAGGAAGUGGUGAGUUGAGAUUGUGUUGCCAGGCAGAGUGAGCACAUAACAUUUGUACUGCACACUGACAAAUGAUGUUGAUUGUUGUUUUUCUAAAUAUGUAUUUUAUAUUAUUACUUUGUAUUUUUCCUGAAUAGACUUUGACAAGUCUUAUGAUGUAGGUAAAGCACAGACAAGUGAGUACAUCUUCAAAGUAGAGCUACAGAGAAACGUCACAGAGAAAAGUAUUAGAGGAACGUGCAAUAGUGGAUUAUUUCGGAAGAGGCUAUUUAAACCUUUUUAAGGUUAUAUUCAUCCUUAUGGAGCAGCACCUUGCUUUAAAACACAGUGCUUGUCUCCUCUACAGGUGCUUUUCUGUAUCACAGGCAUCAAAUAGUUCCUAUUUGUAUGAACAAAUCUUUAGAAACAAGAUUUGUAAAGAUUAAAAUCUCGAAACAACCUGUCACUACUUCCUUUUGGCUCUGCCUCAAUAAAUCUUUUCACUGCU